AGCCGAUUUCGGUUGCUCGGCUAGCCGACUCUCCUACCAGCCACUCUGACCACCAACCGAGACUCUAUACAGUCGGUUUAUGGUUAGCCGCUAACCGAUGGUUAUCGGUCUAACCGUCCGGUUAGCCACUAACCGGCAACCGAACUGCCAACCCUAGUUGAGGUUAAAACCCUCAAAAAGGUAAACUAAUCCUAUGCUCCUUUUAGCUCUUGUUUUGGAAAUGGGAUUUCUAUGGGUUGUUAGUGAUGAUUUUAUCAAUUGGAAUCUCUCAGUAGAUUGGGAACUCUGGUUUGCUAUUGGCUGUGAGUUUUUAUGUUUAUGCUUUGUCAAAGGAAUACCUCAGUCAAAGCUCCUUAGAGAUUAAUAAUAGUAGCGUAUUGUGAGUCAGAUAGGGUGUUCUGUUUAGGGAUUUUAUUCAGGUUUCGUUGGUUUAUCAGUGAUACGAUUUACAAUAAAACCCCUUUGAACCCUUUUAUGCUUGGAAGACAGAGUACCGGUCAUCCUUUUCGACUUCGGACAACGAGGAUCUCCAGGGGUGUAAUUGCUGCAGCUUGACAAUGAAUCAACGUAGGAGACUGGCCUUGAUUGUAACUUAGUAUAUUAGAUUCUUAAAAAUUGUGUAAGAGCACUUUGGUCUGUCAUUCUUUUUUAUUUCCAGGAUCAUGUUUAUUGCUUUCUUUUGUACAAACUCUGGUGAAAAAUAAAUAAAAAUGAUGUUAUUUUUAUUCCAAGUAUGUACAUAUUUCCAUGGUAAAUAAAGUCAUUUCAAUUUUUUGUAUUUACAGAAUUGCCAAAUAUUACCCAAUUAUCUGCCUCUAGAAGAUUAAAUAAUUACAAUAUUAUGUUUCAAAAUAUAUCCAUUAGAAAAAAAAACAUAUAUGUUUACAUAAAUUUAUUUAGAAACAAAUACAUUUGCCUCCAAAACUAAUAUUGGAAACCAAAAUAUUUGCCUCCAAAUAUAUCUAUUGGAGGCAAAUAUUUACGUCUUUUUAAAGGCCUUUAGAUGCAUAUAUAGAUGACCCGAAAACAAAAACAUGUGUCUCGAAUUCCAUUAUUAGAGACAUUUACAAUUUGCAUCUAUAUUUGUCUCCAAAAGGAAUCUGAGACAAGAGCAAAUGAUUCAAAUAACAUAUGUGCAUCGAAAGACAUAUAGAAGAAAAUAAGUAACAUUUAGACACAAAUAAGCUCCGUUUCCGAAGCCUAGUUUUCUUGUAGUGAAACUUCUUCUUUAGAGUCUCAUAAUAGGACAAAUUACACCUAUUGUACUUUUAAUUUUCUUUUUCCCCUUAUUCGUUACUUUUUUCAAACAUUAUCAAUUAUUACUUUCGUUCUCAGUACAUUUCUAUUUUUUCUUUUAUCUUCUUACUUUUCAUUAAGCACGACACGAGCACAAGUAGACACGACAAGAUUCAAACCGUGCUCCGACCGGGUAUAGAAAAUUGAGAAAAUGGACUGGCAGUGCACGACACGAAAACUAAUGAACCGUGUCAAGCACUAUAUAAAAUAAUUAAAGGGUCCGAUGUGUGCUUGUGUUGUACUGAUCCAAGCACGACCUAGCAUCCAAGUACACUUCAAAUUCAAACAUGGGUAGCAGUACUUGUAAAACACAGGCCCACCAUACCAUGUGCUUGAAAGACAACGGUUAAUAUUGGGGGUCGUGGAGAUUCGAACACAUGACCUUUCGGUUCUAGACCCUAAUACCAUGUCAUGAACCAGUUGCUCACAAUAACUCGAGUUGUUGGGAGAAGGUUAUGCUGAAUCUUAUACCACUUUCUAACCAUACUUUUAUCAAUAUAGUGUAUUGUUUGCUUUCUUCCACGAUUGAACAACCCACUCCAAACUGUAAAUGCAACGAUUAAAAGAAUCCCGAGCCAUCCCAAACUGUAAAAGAACCAAAAUAUCAACCCAAAUAUGGAUGGGUUGAACAACCCGUCCCAAACUUUGCAUAACGCUUGUUACGAAGAAGCAAAGACUGUGAACGAAAUACAUACUUGUGCGUGUUCAUAUUCUAUACCAUAUAGAAGACGGUGCCACCUAAUACAAGUGAUACGUGCUUUCCCUGUUUUAAAACUGUGGUCUUUGCAGUUGAAGCGAUAACUUCAAAGUUGAUUUUUGUUGUCAUUAAUUCAGAGCUCAUGUGAUUCAAAUGGAGUGGCCAGAUCGGAGAACGAUAUGACUCGCCGCCGGGGGUGCGGUUUUUGUCGGGCGGCGGCUAGAAUACUAUUGGAAAUGGAAUCUCAUAAUUAGCGGCGGAGAAAAUAGAGCAGGUGCCAGCCAGCCAGGACCAAUUGUUUUGUAGGACCUGUUUGCUACAAAUUCCUUGUUAAAACAUGGGAAUGGAAAAGUAGUCUGAGACUCUGAGGGAAUUCGACUACGUACCAUGAAUCUGUAGUCAUCAUCAAUGUCUAACCUAACCCUCCCCCUUUCUGGUCAAAUGUUACUACUGUUAUCAUUUUAUUUGCGAUUUGUUUUGCCUCAAGAAAUUCGAAAUUUGAAAUAUUGGUAGAAAAAUAACAAUAAUAUUUAUUAUGACUUGAAGAAUCCCAUAACUAUGCUAUUCGAUUCCAAUCACUGGAAUUGUCCAUUGCGAUAUAUAAGGUAAUCAAAUAUAGAUUUCCCAUUUCCGAUAGAAAUGCAAGGAUGACAUCUGAAAUCACUCAUUUCAUUGCUUUAUUAUAUUUACUAGAAAGAGACAAUAUACUAUUUUUAGCAUCGAAUCAGGAUUUUUUUUUUUUUUUUGUGUAUACUGCUUAUUGAAUUUUUUUUUCUCGAACUAAUAGAGAACGUCUUUUCUCUGGUCCUUCCCUUUUCUUGUCCCUUUCUCAGUUCUCUCCAUGCUGUUUCCUCGUUUUGUCUUUCCCGUUUGGAAAAUGGAGAGUAUGCCUUUACGUGGACAAAUAUAUUUUAGAUGGACCAGGAAUUGGAAACAGGUGAGCUAGAAGAUUACAUACACCUCAGCAACAGCAAGUCAGCAUCUUAUGAAAAUUUUAUCUUUUUUAAUAUUUACCCUUAUAAAGACUAUGCAGUAUGCACUUAACCUCUUUUACCCUCCACCUUUCUAGAGCAAUUUGGGUGGUGGCUUGCUGAGGAUGGUAUACAGGGGUGGCAGUUCGAUUGUCCGUUACCGGUUAAUCGGUUGGUUAAAUUGAUAACUGACAUUAAAUCGAUAAUAGAAAAUUACAAAUGUAGGUCGGUGGUCGGAGCUCUUAAUAGGUGCUUCGGUUAAUUAAGUAAUCGGAGAUGGUUAAUCGCAGUUAAUCUAGUAACCGAAAAUAACCGACCAACCACCCGUACUUAUGACUUUAUGAAGUUUAAGCCGUCAUGUUGUUGAAUUUGAGACAUCAAUUUGGUGAUUUAGAUGUAUUUUUUAUGCAAAAGGGAUUGAGAAUUUACUUUGGGUGAUUUAGAUGUAGAAAUGAAAGUUUGAGCCUUUAAUUUUUGGAGAUUUACCCCGUUAAAACCGAAGCUGCAGGCACAAUUUUGGUUACUGGGUAACCAAACCACUAACCGCCACCGGUAACCAAUUGGUCGGUGGUCGGUUAACCGAGGUGGAAUGAUCGAUCGAUGGUCGGUAGGGGGAGGAGGUGGUUCGGUUAACCGUUAACCAAAACUUUGAUUUUCGGUUAUAACCGAACCGACCGACUGCCACCCCUAGAUGGUAACAAAUACUUCCAUUCAACUUAUUCCUAAUGAGAUGAGGGUGGAUGUGAAGGAUCUAAGACCUAUGAGCCUCGUUGAAUCCAUUUAUAAGAUUAUUGCGCGAGAUUGAUGAAAUCAUUUUAUGUUCAUUUUUAAUCAACAGUGUACUUUUUUCGGAGGUAGACAUGCAAUGGAAAUAUGGCAUAGCCAGGAGGUAGACAUGCUGUGCAUUAGUAUACGAUGUGUUUUCACAUUUUGAAAAGUAUUUAUAUUACAGUAAUCAUCCAAAUUAUCAACGAUGUCACUCUCAAUAUAUCCCACCAAAAAAUUGUUCAUGAUUUCACCACUAGUCUUAUGCAUAAAUGUGUUUUUCACAAAGUUCAUUGCAUAUAAUGCUCUUUCAACACUUGCAAUUGUGACAAGUAGCACAAUGUCAACUUCAUAGUGAAGUCGAUACACUAAUUGAAAUACACGAUGUUUUUUAACACAACAAUUUUCCUAAAAAAUUCAACAAUUUCCUUUAAUCCUGCAAAUCUCUUAAUUGACUUCAUAUCAAAUACAUAAGCAUCUAGUUGAUGAAGGUCCAGUUGUAAUGCAUCACCUUUCGAUAACUCAUUAAGAUAAAAUGUAGCAAGUUUUAAUAAUAAUUUCUUGUCAAAGUUAAUAAUUGAAUCUUCUGGAGUUAAACAUUUCACGCAACAUAGCAAAUUUGUAUUAGCCUCGUCGAAGAGAUCAUUAAGGACUUCUAACUACAUAUCUACAACUAUUAUACAUAAAGCAUGCAAUGACAUGUAACUUAGUGGUGGAAAUGAUAGGCGUUUAUAGGGAGGUCCCUUAUUUAAAUCUCGAUCCCAAAUAAACACGAGUAAUAUUUUUUCGUAUGUGUUUCAAAUUUCAGGUAGUGUCAUAUCUCAAUUGUAAGUUGCUCCGCCGCCACUGUAGACAUGUUACAUAUAUUGCAAUGAUGCUGAAUGAUUUGAGGAAGCAUAUAAGAGGAUGUACCACUACCUCGAGUGGGAACACUGUCGUAACUCUUAAGUAUGGGUAGAGGGAGAGUGUAACAGGAUGGAUCCCGAGACUCUUUUCAUAUAUAUUUUUAAGUGGAUCCACAUUAGACGAAAUCCUGGUUACGGCCUGCUCAUAAGACUAUCUCCAAUGGUUGUGCUAGAGAGCUAGACUUAUUUGUGCUCUUUGACACCCAAAAAUGGGUUUUACUCCAAUGCAGUGCGAAAGACUCACAGAAAGAGCAAGACUUUAAUUUUUGGGCCAAUGUAGUUUAGAGUAGAUUUCAUCAAUUUACUUAGAUAGUUUGUAGAUUGUUUUAGGGUAAAUACUAUUUUUUAGCCAAAAUCCAUUUCAAAAUAUUAGCCAAACCUUUCAAAAUACAAAUAUUAGCCAACUGUUAAGUUUAUGUUAAAAUUUUCGUUAGUCAAGACUGAGUUGGCAAAAUGUAAUGCUCAGCUGGUAAAAAAAUGAUAACGUGGCAGUGAAUAGGAUGACAAAUAAGUCAUCUUUUCAUCUUUUUUACAGGCUGUUCUUCUUCCCCACCAUCUCCUUCAUCUUCUUCUUUCCUUCCUUUCUACCUCUUCACAGAAUGUCAAGAUCCAAACCCCCUCUUCUAACUCUGUUGACGGUGACUCUCCAUCCGCUGGCGGUGACGUCAUCUUCUAGCACCAGUCAUCCCACAUCAGUCGUCACUUCGAUUCCAGAUCCAGAAACUGAAGACCCAAAAUCUCAAGCCGCCGAGAAAGCUAAAUCAACCUCUGCUCCAUCAUCUCCGGCCUCUGCUCCGUCAAUCCAAUCCCUACUAUUGUUUCACUGGCUUCGCGCGAUGACCCUGCCUGGAGCGCCUGAGAUUUAAAGAGGUCAGAGAUCGACCUGCUGUGGGAUUGAAUCGACUCCCCUUGUGGUCGAUUUUUUUAUAGCAAAAUUGGAUUCUCUUUCCCCUGUAAAUCUGUGAGAUUCUUGUAACGCCUAGUCGUAGAAGAGCACCUCCAUGGAAUCCGACGAGCGGCGAACAGGUGCUACCCUAAUGUUGGUUAACUGGUGCUCACCGUGGGAAGCAUUUGGUAGGGGGGGGGGGGGGGGGAGUUGGAUAAAGAUUUUAUCCGACGCAGAUGCCGCCGGUGAAGAAAAAAUGGUACAUUCCUGUGUAUUUUGUUGAAUUCAGAGGAGCAAGAGAAGGUCCUAGGGAGGCGACGGCGACAAUGUUAUGUAGAAGGAAGAAGAAAAUAGGAGGGAGUAGGGUUUAGCAUUUUUUCUAAAAUAUAAAUUAAAAACAUAAAC